GUUUCUGUAGCCUGUUCCGUUCUCCCCGCCCACAGGGGGCUGGUUGGUGGGCAGGAAGGGACUGGCGGAAACAUUGCAAGGUCUGCUGCGUCGUCUGCGCGCAAAAGCCCCGGAAGCGCACUCUGCAAAAGCUACACGUGAUGGAAACAAUAGUCAGAAUUCCAAGAAGUCACCUGGAAUUUUAUUGAAGAAACCAUAUGAAUGUAUGAAAUGUGGAAAGUCGUUCAGCCGGAAAGAAAACCUUACUACACACCAGCGAACUCUCACAGGGGAGAAACCAUUUCAGUGUAUGGAGUGUGGAAAGACAUUUGCUGAUUCUGGAAGCCAUAGAACACAUCAGCGGAUUCACACAGGAGAAAAACCAUUUAAAUGUGUGGAGUGCGGAAAGUGCUUCAGUCAAAGUGGAAACCUUAGUUCACAUCAAAUAAUUCACACAGGGGAGAAGCCAUUCAAAUCUAUGGAGUGCGGAAAGUCUUUCAGGUGGAAACAUUACCUUACUACACACCAGCGAACUCACAUACGGGAGAAGCCAUUUAAAUGUAUGGAGUGUGGGAAGACUUUCACAGAUAGUGGAAGCCAUGCAAAACAUUUACGAAUUCAUACAGGGGAGAAACCAUUUAAAUGUAUGGAGUGUGGGAAGACUUUCACAGAUAGUGGAAGCCAUGUAAAACAUUUACGAAUUCACACAGGAGAUAAACCAUUUAAAUGUAUGGAGUGUGGAAGUUGCUUCAAUCAAAGUUGCAACCUUAAGUCAGGUAGUUGUUUAUCUCUCUGACCUCUAAAUUAGUCAUUUAAAACUCCACUAUAUAUACCUGGGCUGGAGAGUUUGUGUGGGUGCAUCUGUAAGCCAUAAAAUACAUCUGUUUCUUCCAUGACUUAAAUUAAAAUUUCAAUAUGUAUUUUUCUUUUUUUAAAAAAAUCCCACUUAGAAACCAAAAACCUUAAGAACUUCAGCAACCUUCAUUCCACCCCUAAGAAGAUUAUGUUAGGACCCUCAUGCCAAUAAUUUUAUAUAAAGAACUGUUGGGGGGGGAUGCAGAAACUAAUGAAGCCACAGCAAAUAGGAGUUUAAAAAUAGAAAUUUGCUGCUGCCAACAUUUGUACUGAAGUUGUAGCUAUUUCCCUUCCCAGCACAAAGCAAAGUUUAGAGGGCAAGAAGCGCCUCCCCCCAAAAUUAGGACCUUGAGCCCGUCGUGGCUUCUGCACUCACCAGAGGCACCGCGGCGCAAGGGAACAGUUGCUGGGGACUAGGAAGGAAAUGCGCUUGG